AUGGCGCUUUUGAAUGAUGAAAAACCAGCUCUGGAUACUGCGUCUCACGCCUCAGAUCUAGAGAAGGAUCCCAACACGAAGGUCGCCGUCGGGUUCGAGGAUCCUGAUGAAGGGCUGAGCGAGGAGGAAAGGGCAAAGAUUGAUCGCAAGUUACUUUGGAAGCUCGAUCUUCGGUUGGUGCCAUGGCUCAGUCUGCUAUAUCUUGUUUCGUUCCUUGAUCGAACGAAUAUUGGAAAUGCGAAAAUUGUCGGCCUCCAAAAAGAUCUAGGGAUGACGAACGCCCAAUACAACGCGUCACUCACUAUCUUCUUCGUUUCAUACUCUGUCUUCGAGCCCUUGACCAAUGUGCUCCUCAAGCGACUGAGACCAAGCAUUUUCAUCCCGGUGAUUAUGAUGGCAUGGGGAAUCUGCAUGACAUGCAUGGGCGUGGUAAAGAACUACGCCGGCCUCAUGGCCGUCCGUUGGUUCCUAGGCCUAACAGAAGCAGGUCUAUUCCCCGGCGUAGGCUACUUCCUCUCCUGCUGGUACAAGCGAUCCGAAUUCGGCGUUCGAAUGGCAAUCUUCUUCUCGGCCGCCGCACUAGCAGGCUCAUUCGGCGGUUUGCUCGCUGCAGCCAUCGCCAAGAUGGAUGGUGUAGGCGGCAAGCCCGGGUGGUCAUGGAUUUUCAUCUUGGAAGGACUGAUGACGUUCGUGAUUGGCGUUGCGUCGUUCUGGUGUGUCUAUGACUUCCCGGACCAGGCGAAGUUUUUGUCGGAUGUUGAUCGGAAGCGGGUGCUGAGGAGGUUGGCGCUUGAUCAGCAGUCUAGUGCUGAGCAUGAGGAGUUUAAGAUGGAUUACUUUUGGGCGAGCGUUAAGGAUUGGAAGACUUAUACUGGGGCUGUUAUCUAUAUGGGGGCUGAUGGGUCGCUUUAUGCGUUUUCGCUUUUCGUGCCGACUAUUAUUAGUGAACUUGUGAGUUUGGUCUUGGGUGGCUAUAGUUCGAUCCAUGCUCAGCUGCUCAGUGUGCCACCGUACGCCGCUGCAGCAGUUUUGACCGUCGUUGUUGGUUUCAUUGCAGACCGAACGCGCCAACGUGGUCUCUGCAACAUCUGCGUCUCAUUCCUCGGCAUGAUUGGCUUCUCCAUGCUCCUCGGCUGCAAAUCCGCUGGCGGACGAUAUGCGGGGACUUUCUUAGGCGCCAUGGGCAUUUACCCAGCAAUUGCGAAUACGAUUUCGUGGGCUAGUAACAAUACCGAAGGUGUAUACAAACGAGGUGUUUCCCUCGGCUUCAUCAUCGGCUGGGGUAAUCUGAACGGAAUUGUCUCCUCCAACAUCUACCGCGACAACGACAAGCCAAAAUACUAUCCCGGACAUGGAGUCGUGCUCGGCUACCUCGUCCUCUUCUUGUUCGGCGGUUCUGUGGUGCAGUAUUUCCUACUGCGACGCGAAAAUGCCAAGCGCAGACGCGGUGAGCGUGAUCAGUCAAUUGAAGGCUUGACUCCGAAUCAGAUCGAGUUGCUGGGUGAUAAGCGGCCGGACUUUAUAUAUACCCUUUGA